AUGAUGGAGAACAAGAUGCAAAUGAUGCAGAAUCCGCAGAUAUUUGCGGAGCAAGAGCAACAGUUGCAGAAGAUGAAUGCAAAGAUUCUGGAGGAGCAGGAGCAGACCGAGUUGACGGAAGAGCGGGAGCGUUUGAACGAGAUUAUCGAGGAUAGAGGGUCCGAAGCGGCGCGGCGAAACGGAAAUCGAAUGGAGGAGAUGAGGCAGAAAAUUGAUGAACGACGGCGACGUGGGCGGAACGAGAAUAAUAAUCGAGGCGAGAUGAGCGCAUCAAUCCUCGUUGACCAUUCCCCGGGUGGUUCCCCGUCACUUCGUACCCCGGUAUAUGAGGGUCUCGGCUAUGAUUCUUCUUCUCUUCUUUCACAGAUUUCCAGCUCCAGCCAUCUGUCGGGUUCUUCUAAUCAAUUCGUGUCUUCGUUUAAUUCAAAACAAUCCGCCAACCCCUAUCAAAUGCACAACCUCUCACACGAGGACACCAUCCAAGCCGAGAGUGGCCCCGUGUGGAAUGUA